AUGCUCCCCCACGCAGCCAGGACUUGGUCUCGUGCUGCUCGAAGCCUCGUUUGCCAUGCUGCACCGCGGCCAGCCGCUCCCACAGCCAUGCCUGCCACCUCAGUUUUGGCAUCGCGAUGCUUUGCAGCCGCAGCAGCCAAGAAGCCUAAAAUGGAGGAUGGCACUCUGGAGGGCCGCUACGCAACGGCCCUCUUCAUGGCUUCCAUGGACAAGUUGGACAAGGUCUACGCUGACUUGCAGGGGUUGCGGGAGAUGAUGGCCUCGUCCCAGGAGUUCAAGCUGGCGAUUGAGACUCCCGGGAUUGAGCCGGAGAGCAAGGUGGCCGCCUUUGAGGCCGUCUGCACGAAAGCGGGGAUCGACGGAUCGGUGUUGAACUUCCUGAAGGUCUUGGUGGAGAACAAGCGGGCCCACCUGCUCUCCCGCAUGAUCGACAUCUUUGAGAAUUUCUACCGCGCGGAGAAGAACUUGGUGCUUUGCAAGGUGACCUCCGCAGCUGCCCUGUCUGAUGCCCAGAAAAGUCAGGUAAAGGCAGCUAUGCAGAAGCGGGCUGAGGGUUCGCAGCUGAUCAUGGAGUAUAACACCAACCCCGCUCUGCUUGGAGGUCUGGUCGUGAAGAUGGGCGAGGCAGUGCUCGACAACUCGGUGUCCACCCGCUUGGAGCGUUUGCAGACGCAGCUUUUGGCACCAGUCGCAUGA